CUGUUUUCUCUCUCAUUCUUUACCUAAAAAAAAUCCCUAAAAUUGACGAAAUUUUGUAAAGAUUCUUCAUGGAUUGGGUUCGUGGUGAAGCUGUUGGUCAUGGAAGCUUUGGAAAAGUUAAUCUUGCAAUACCCAGAAAACAGAGUACUCAAUUUCUUCCAUUAAUGGUAAUGAAAUCAUCUGGGGUUUCUCACUCUGUUUCGCUCGUGAACGAGAAAAAAAUCUUGGACGAACUCAAUGGGUGUUCAGAAAUCAUACGAUGUUUUGGUGAGAGUUAUUCGUUUGAAAAUGGUGACAGUUUGUAUAAUUUGUUGCUGGAGUAUGCUACUGGAGGUUCGUUAGCGGAAAAGCUCAAGAAAUCGGAGAAUUAUAAGUUGUCGGAAUUUGAAGUUAGUGGAUACGCAAAAGGUAUACUCAAAGGGCUUCAGUAUGUACAUGAAGUUGGGUAUGCUCAUUGUGAUAUUAAGCUUCAAAAUAUUCUUCUUGGUGAAGAUGGUAAAGUGAAAAUUGCUGAUUUUGGAUUGGCAAAGAGAAUUGGAAUCAAGAAAGAUGAUGAAUUGCGAUGUGAAUUGAGAGGUACCCCAUUGUAUAUGUCGCCGGAGAUGGUCACCGGCGGCGAACAGGGUACUCCGGCGGAUAUAUGGGCACUUGGGUGUGUGGUAGCUGAAAUGGUUGCCGGAGUUCCAGCUUAUAGAUUCUCCAAUGUUACAGAAUUGUUAAUGGCAAUUGGGGUUAAAAAUCAGUUGCCUCAAAUCCCUGAAGAACUAUCAGAAGAAGGAGAGGAUUUUCUAAGCAAAUGCUUUGUUCAAGAUCCAAGAAAGAGAUGGACUGCUGAGAUGCUUCUAAAACAUCCUUUUGUGGCUGAUCAUGAUACUGUUACAUUAUUAAAUGAAGAAAUCAAGAAUGGUGUUCCAUCAAUAUCUCCUAAAUGUCCAUUUGAUUUCCCAGAUUGGGUAUCUGAUGAAUGUGCUCAAUCAUCGGUAACAUGUUCAAUUACUUUUCUACCCUCGCCGGAAAAUCUGAAUUCGAGCUGUGGGUGUUGGUCUACUUCGCCUGCGGAGAGGCUCAUGGGGCUAGUGAGUGAAUUUAGUACAGAAUCUGAAUGGUGUUCUGAUGAUGACUGGGUUACUGUUAGGUGAUUUCAACAACCAGAGCCAAAAGCAGAUUUUCCAGAUUUUUGAGGAUGUCUUUUAGGGGUCUCUGGUUUAUUAUUUUAGUGACUAGGUACUUAGGCUAUAGUCAAAUUUUUAUUGUACAUAACAUUGGUUACCACAUUUAAUACAAUACAAUAGGUUCUGAAUUUUAAUCAAGACAGCUUAUUUACACUCAGCAAAGUGUA